AUGCCUUUAGGCGGCUCGAUUACCUAUGGUGUUGGAUCUUCAUAUGGCAAUGGGUACAGGAAGUUCCUACAAGACAUGCUUCUUUCCAAUGGUUACCAAGUCCGCAUUGUUGGCUCACGCAAGUCGGGAUCUAUGGAAAAUAACGACAACGAGGGAUGGCGUGGGUAUCGACUUGAUCAGAUUGAAAUCAAAGCUAGAAGGUCCGUCGCGACCCUUGGCCCUGACGUCUUCACAAUCAACGCUGGAUCCAACGACUGCCUGCAAGAUUACCAGCUCGAUAUCUUUGGGAAGCGCAUGGGUAAUACGCUCGAGUAUUUGUGGGAGGCAUCUCCUCUCUCUACAGUCAUUCUCUCAACGUUACUCAUAAACGCUGACGAGCAAGUUAAUUCCCGAGUCCUACGCGUCAACGGCCAGAUCCGGGACUUGGUUAGCUUAAAGGCGGCCGAACAAAGAAGAAUAGUUCUUGCAGACAUGAAUAGUACUGAAGGACCUCAACUCGAUGAUCUGGUGGAUGGCAUACAUCCCAAAGACGAAGGGUACAAGAAGAUGGCUGAUAUCUGGUUCAAUGCCAUUCAACAGGCCCGUAAGAACCAAUUUCUCAAGAUAUAA